CCAAUAGGCCUGGAUGUUGUUGAUAUCUCAUUUUUGGAGUGGAUUUAUACGAUGUGAAUCAUGAUAUCUAUGGAGUGGAUUUAACUGUAUGUUUGUUUGGCAUUUGAUUUUCACAGAUGCGCAUGACUCUUCUCAAGCCAGUGUGGUUUUAUUCCAAGUUCUCCUGGAAGCAACCUGUCAAACGACGUGCCCCGCCGAGCAACUAAGCGUCCUGGCCUGGCCCGAGUCCGACUCCGGACGGAAUGUCUCCGUACAGUGCGCCCCUGGCGAGCCAGGUACGGCGGUGCGACUAUGCGGAGCCGACAAUGCGUGGGGACCAGUUGACUACACUGGUUGCUCUCUCCAGUCCCUCGUGGAUCUCUAUGCCAAGGUUUCAAAUGCCAGUAACACCGUCACCGGGGAUCUAGCGACAUCGGUCAGCGAGUUAGCCACGGGCACCAUGCCAGCAAGCAUCGCGUACUCCGGGCAGCUAGCGCUGGCCACAAACAUCAUACUGGAGGUUUUUACCAAGAAGGACCUUACUGGGCUUACGGUAGAUGCAGCGGAUACCUACAUACAGAAUAUGUUGGCCUCAGUUGACAAUCUACUGGAUUCUGGGAGCUUUGCAGCCUCGUGGACAAACAUUCACCAGUACAAAGAUGCCGACUUGUUCUUGAGGUUCAUGGAGGAUUUUGAAAACUACGGGGACGUGAUAACCUCCUACCUGGACGACAGGGGACACGCCCCUCUGACCUUGAAAUCCACCACUAACUACCAGUCAAUCUAUGAGGUGGUGACAGGCGGUCAGGAGCUAGUUCAUGAAUUUAGCGACUACUCCACUAAAGUUACCAUUCCAGGGACGGUACUCGCAAAACAAGUAGGUUCCACGAGGAAUACCAGUGUUGCAACUGUGGUCUUCGCCUCAACAAUUGUGAGCCUGUUUCCUUCACAGUCGCAAAAUUCCAAGAUCCACAUUGACACCCAGAACAUCAGUUCGGUUCUGGUUUCCUGCAGUGUAUUCCCCACCCCGACCACCGACACCUUCGCCGACAGCGUGUCGAUACAGAUGAAGAACGACCCCGUGCUGCCCAAUUCCACCUGUUCAUUCUUGACAUACAGCAAACUUGAUCGUGUCUGGAAAGAGGACCUACAAGGAUGCCAGAAGCCGGUCUUCAACGACGAUGGCACGGUGACAUGUCAUUGUACCCAUCUGACGACAUUUGCCGUUAUAGGCAAGUACAACACGAGAGGGAAGCUACCAAAUGUCCUUCUGGCUUCGAUGGUUUUAUACUUGGUUCUGAUAGCAGCGACCUUUUGCCUUCUACUUUAUGCAAAUAGAACAUUUGAAUCAGAUCGUGCCUCAAUAGUGCUGUGUUUCCUAGCAACCCUUUUAACCGGUCAUAUAACGCUUGUUGCAGGAGUCUACGCAAUAGAUAACAUGGAUGCCUGCCGCGCAGUAGCCUUACUCCUCCAUUACUUUCAGCUGUCUUACUCCUUCUGGAUGCUGGCCCAAGCUGUGCAAAUAGUGCUGAAGAUGACGUACAAGACGACAGAAUCCGGCACGGUUGCUCAGUUUUUAGCCCUGGGGUGGAUCACGCCGUUGUUUGUCGUUGCCGGCACAGCAGGGAUUUAUGUUGAAAGCUACGGCCGAGGCAACUACUGUGCACUUCCCCUUGGCUCGGGAAUUUCGUAUGCAAUCAUUACCCCCGUGGCACUAAUUGGAUUCACAAAUUUUGUAUGCUUAUUCUACGCAUUUUACUGCUACUACGGUUUAAAGAAAACCGACAAAAAGUGCCUUGGCUACAUGAGCAGAAUCUUACCCAACAUCCGUGCAUGCUUGAUAGUUCUCCCACUUGAGAUCUGCGAGUGGGUAUUUUCCGCCUUGUCCAUUGAGUACGAGGAUGUCAUCUUUGAUGUCUUCUGGAUACUCUCUGCUCUAGCAAUGAGUAUACUCAUUCUGCUCUUCUACGGGAUUAGCAGUUCGGAGGUUGUGGAGGAAUAUGAGAAGCAUUUUGGACCCUGCUGCUGGCAGCACAAGAAGAGCUCGGCGGUCAGGGACUCGCCCCGGCCGGGCUGGCGAGACGAGAUCAGCCAGAUCAGCCAGUACCGGGAGGCCAGCUCCAUCCUGAGAGACAUGGACAGCACGGCCACGGUGACGGGGGCAAACGGCACCACCACUGAUGGCCGAGGAGGCAACAGCGCCGUGGCGGGCUGCAGCGGCAUCAACAACGGCGGGCUGGAAGUGGAUGACGUGCUGGCUCAUGGCCGAGAGCUCAACGACGUCUCGGGCUCCAACCACCUUGCGUCCAGCCUCUCCUCCUCCUUCAUGUUAAAGACCAAACUCAAGGUGUUCCCACUCCGCAAGAACCAACAGCCCCCGUCCACGGGGGCCCAGUCACCGUCGGCCGCCAGGCAGGGCCAGGACAACCACAGAUGACAAACAUUCGACACCUCGUCAGCGCCGCGCUCCAUAACCAACCAUGCUCCAAAGAGGGCGCCGUCACCCUCGUCAUCGCCAUCGUUAUCAACAGUGCCACCAAAGACGGUGUCCUUCCAGCUGCAGCCAAUCAUCAUCCAGGAAAGGGAGAACGUCAAGACCGAGGUGUCUGUUUAUGCAAAUCUAUAGAAUUUCUUUUUUUGGAG